AUGAAACAUUCAUGCUUAUUACGUCCUUGUCUCUCCACGCAAAUCUCGGUUAAGCUGGUUGCCUGCAUGAUCAUCUGUCUGGUGUAUAUGGAAGGUUUUCAAGAUAAAAUUCCGGACGGUGGUUAUGGCUGGGCAAUCGUUGUUGGCGCUUUCUCUAUGGUGUUUACCAGUUAUGGCACGAGUGUCAUGCAGGAUUACUAUGAAAGACAAAUUUUUGGCGACAUACCUAAUGCACAACUUCAGCUCAGUUUUGUUGGUACAUUUGCCCUGGUCUUUGCAAACUUAUGUGGUCCACUGGCUCAGGUUCUUCGAUCCGUGUGGGGUACACGAAUAGUACUGUUAAUAGGCACUUUUUUGAUUGCGAUUGGGUUGAUCAUUGCGGGGUUCUCUAAUGAGAUUUGGCAUCUUUACCUCACACAAGGUAUUCUGUUCGGCACUGGUGUGUCACUUAUGUAUGUGACCAUCAUGGCUGUAGCACCGCAAUACUUCGAUCGAAAACGUGGUGUGGCAUUGGGAAUUGUUGCAAGCGGAUCCGGCAUCGGUGGCCUUGUUAUGCCAUUUAUCAUGACGCCUUUGAACCGUAGCUUAGGUGCCGGAUGGACGUUCCGUGUUGUCGGGUUUAUCUGCUUAGGUUUCGACCUUCUGGCGUGUAUACUGGUCAAGGAUAGAAUUAAACCUGCAAAGGAACGCAAAAAGCUUGGAGAAAUUUUCCGUAUUGACGUCCUAAAGGACAAGAACUUUUGCAUUUGGGCUUUAGGUGCAUGUGUACAGUUACUCGGAUACUUUAUCCCGUACUUUUUUUUACCAUCUUACGCUACUUGGGCUGGAUUGUCCGAUAACGAUGGUUCGUCACUUGUAGCUGCCAGCUCUGCAGCCAACUUUGUCGGUCGUAUCGUUGCUGGACUUCUUGCUGAUCGGUUCGGGCUUGUCAAUGUAAACAGCUUGUUCCUAUUGAUCAGUGGAUUAAGCACGUUGCUGAUAUGGACAUUCGCAUACGAUUAUGGCUCUCUGAUGGCAUAUGCUGUUAUUUUUGGAUUCUUCUGUGGCUCCUACUUCUCUCUAGUAUCUCCAAUUACAUUAAAAAUUCUGGGUAUGGAGCGUUUUCCCAGCGGUUUAUCCCUAGUUUUGAUGACGAACGUUGUCAGCGUCUUUGGUCCCAACAUUUCUUCAGCAAUCGAUGGUUCCGCUGGUGCCGAACCCUUUCUUGCUCACAAGUUAUUUGCUGGAGUUGCGUUCGUUGUAAGUUCAAUAAUUAUGGCUUGGCUCAAGUUCAGCCUGGACCGCAAGAUCUUUGCAAAAGUAUAA